AAGAUGCAUGCCUCCAUACAGGUUCACCCGUCCAAGUCCAACCAGGUAGGGACAGUGUUGCUGUACGGAGUGCCGAUAGUCUCGCUGGUCAUAGAGAACCAGGAGCGACUUUGUCUGGCGCAGAUCAGCAACACUCUGCUGAAGGAGUUCAGCUACAACGAGAUACACAACCGUCGGGUGGCACUGGGCAUCACCUGUGUGCAGUGUACCCCUGUACAGCUGGAGAUACUACGUAGAGCAGGAGCCAUGCCUGUGUCGUCGCGACGGUGUGGGAUGAUCACUAGAAGGGAGGCCGAGAGGCUCUGCAAGAGUUUCCUGGGAGACAACACUCCGCCCAGACUUCCGGACGACUUCGCGUUCAGCGUCCACCACGAGUGCGCCUGGGGAUGUCGGGGAGCAUUCCUCCCCUCCAGGUAUAACUCCUCCAGAGCCAAGUGUAUCAAGUGCACCAUCUGUGGACUGUUCUUCUCCCCCAACAAGUUCAUCUUCCACUCGCACCGCACCGGGCCCAACGCCAAGUACGUGCAGCCCGACGCGGCCAACUUCAACUCCUGGAGGAGACACAUGCGACUCAGUGGCAAUCCUCCGCUAGAAGUGGUCCACGCCUGGGAAGACGUCAAGGCAAUGUUCAACGGUGGCACCAGAAAGCGGCUACUGUCCUCCACCUCCAACCCCCAGAGAUCGCCUCCAGUCAAGUCUCCAGGCGCGGACCCCUCACCUCCUCCCUUCCCACUACCUCCUCCAGCACCCACCCGGGUCCCUCCCUUGCCGAUCGUCAUGGACUACGUGUGGCACAAGCACCCUAUGUCGCCGUACUCCGCACUACCCUGGCUGGGUCUACCCCCGACAUCGCCCCUACUUCUACCCCCUGGGGAGGGCAAGUUGUACCCCUCGGCCUUCCACCCCGUGUACUCCGCUCCUCGCCACUCCUCUGACACCAACGACGACGAGGAGACUGUGGACAUAGAGACUUGUCCUGAAGAUGAAGUGAAGCCCUCCUGGAGCCCGGGACGUCCACGUGAAGAGGUUAGAUAUCUUAUUUAG